AUGCAAUAUAUGUACAGUGUUGUGACAAAUAUGCGACAUGAACAAUUAAAUAUGACUAUUUUGUAUUUGUUAUGAAUAUGGAAUGUACCGGUAUCCUGAAUUCUUAGGAAACCGGACAGUAUUCAGGCUGGUAUGGACGUCCUGAGUCUGGAGCACGAGGUGGGCGCCUGGGACUCCGUGCUCCUCGAUCCUCUGACCGAAGACAGCUUCAUCGCCAACCUGCACAUGCGCUACAAGCGGGACCACAUAUACACGUACAUCGGUAACGUGCUGGUGUCAGUGAACCCGUACAAGAAGCUGGCGCUCUACUCUCCCGACGUGGCCAGGGCGUACCUCUGCCACGGACCCCACCAGCUGCCGCCGCACGUGUACGCGUCGGCAGCCUGCGCCUACCGCUUCCUGCGGGAUCGCCACGAGGACCAGUGCGUGGUGGUGUCGGGCGAGAGCGGCGCGGGCAAGACGGAGGCGGCGCGCCUCGUGCUGGCCUUCCUCUCGGCGGCGGCGGCGGCGGCGGCGGCUGCAGCCUCCGCGGCGGCCAUCAGGGAGAGGCUCGUCCAGUCGGCGCCGCUACUCGAAGCAUUUGGGAAUGCUAAAACGUAUAGGAAUGAUAACUCUUCGAGAUUCGGUAAAUAUCUUGACAUAGAGUUUGACUACAAAGGUGAUCCUCUUGGAGGGACCAUUACAAACUACCUCUUGGAAAAGUCGCGCGUCACGAGUCAUGCUCCUGGAGAGCGAAACUUCCAUAUUUUCUAUCAGCUACUUACGGGAGCUGACAUUCACCUGCUCAAACAGCUGAAGCUGCAACGCAACCUGGAUAAUUACAGCUUCUUACGCAACAGCAACAAUCGCUGCCACGGUCCUGACAGUAUAGACGAUCGACACGAUUUCCAAGUCACCAGGAGAGCUAUGGAUAUGCUGGGGUUCAUGCAGGACGAGGUGAUGAGUGUCUUCAAGAUUGUUGCUUCCGUACUGAAGCUAGGCAACAUCACUUUUGUGCCAACGAAUAAUAUUGAUGGCACAGAAGGCUGUACUGUAAACAAUGAUUAUGAGCUGUACGAUGUGUGCGAACUGCUCGGAACAGAGCAGGGUGCACUGCAGACGGCCCUCACGUCACGGACGCUGCUGCCGGGGACGGUUUCCGGCACAGAUGACGGUGAGGAGCCCGUCACGGCAGAGCUCAGUGCCGGCGAAGCGACACAUGCCCGGGACGCACUCUGCAAGGCACUCUACAGCCGCCUCUUCACAUGGCUCGUUACCAGGAUCAAUGACAGCACAAAGGUGAAAAGAUACGGACGGAGAAAAGUUCUCGGUAUCCUCGAUGUGUACGGAUUUGAAGUUUUUGACAAAAAUGGGUUCGAGCAGCUGAUCAUCAACUUCUGCAAUGAGAAACUGCACCAAGUGGUUGUAGAGAUGGCGUUACGGGAAGAGCAGGAGGAGUACGUCCGGGAAGGACUCGAGUGGACACACAUUGACUUCUUCAACAAUUCCGCCAUCUGCAGCCUCAUAGAGAAGAACAGCCACGGGCUACUAUCCCUGUUAGACGAAGAGGGCCUGCGGACGGACGAGCAGUUCCUCAGCCGUCUAUCUCAGGGGCCAGCGGGGCAACGACCCGAACUCCUGGCCACGGCUUCCAACUCCGGCAACAAUCUGCCACCGAACUGCUUCAGGCUGAAGCACUUUGCUGGCACCGUAACGUACAAUGUAACAGGUUUUGUGGAAAAGAAUAAUGAUAUUCUUCCACGGGACUUGUCGCAGUCCAUGUACCGCUGUGAACAUCCGCUGUUGAAGACCUUGUUUCCUGAAGGAAAUCCAAAGAGGUCGACACUGAAGAGGCCGGCAAGUACGGGAGCACAAUUCAAAAUCUCACUGAGUGCCUUGGUGCGGUCCGUGACGAGCAAAACACCGCACUACGUCCGCUGUGUCAAGCCCAACGAGCUGAAGCAGCCUCGCAUCUUCGAGAUGGCCCUGGUGGCGCACCAGGUCAGGUACCUAGGGCUCGUGGAAACGGUGAGAGUGCGACGAGCGGGUUUCUGCCACCGGCAGACAUACUCGUCGUUCCUGAGCCGCUACCACAUGCUAUCUCCCCACACCUGGCCACAUUGGGCGGGGACCCCCGUGGAGGGUGUCAGCUACCUCGUGCGCGAUCUACCCAUUCCGAGCGGAGAGUUUGCUUUCGGACGAACAAAGAUCUUUGUUCGUAGUCCUCGAUCGAUAUACGAACUGGAAGAGUUUCGACUUGUUCGUUUGGAGGACUUGGCAGUACUCAUCCAGAAAGUUUGGCGUGGUUAUCGCGAUCGGCAGUUGUUUCUCUUAAAGCGUCGGAGCCAAAUCAUCAUCGCCUCUGCUUGGAAGAGUUGGAGGGAAUGUCGUUUUGGGGUCAGCUUCAAGGGUCGGAGGCACCUGUGGUGUUUAUACAGAGUGGCGAGAGAAGAGUAUCGCAUUUUGAAAAGGCGGAAGCAGAUUGAGUGGGCAGUCUCUGUUAUACAAAGGCACUAUGUCUGUUGGAAGAGAAGACAAUUUCUGCUCCGCCUUUCUCGUCUUCUCCCUCCUGAAAGCGAAUCUCCUACCUACCGAGACUGGCCUCCCUGCCCACGCCGCCUUGCCGACACGUCUCUGUUGCUCCGAAGGUUGCACCACAAGUGGAGGUGUCACAAGUACCGCCUUAAAUUCGAUCAGACAGCUCGGAAUCGUAUGAGGGAAAAAGUAACAGCCAGCAUCAUCUUCAAAGAACGGAAAGCAUCGUAUCCCCGCAGUGUAUCCCAUCCUUUCCUGGGUGAUUACGUGCGUCUGAGGCAAAAUGUGCAGUGGAAGAAGACGUGUGUAGAAACGAAUGAUCAGUAUGUUGUCUUUGCUGAUAUUAUCAACAAGAUAACCCGAUCUAGUGGGAAGUUUGUGCCAAUCCUGUUUGUGCUGUCGACGAGCUCAAUGCUGAUUCUAGACCAGCGAACGCUACAGAUUAAGUACCGAGUGCCUGCCGCUGAGAUCUACCGGCUGUCCCUGAGUCCCUACAUUGACGAUGUGGCAGUCUUCCACGUGCGAGCAUUGAGCCCCAGUUCUGAUGCGAGCCACCAGAACAUCCCAGGAUGCCUGUUUCAGAGUGACCUCGGGAAGAAGAAAGGCGACUUCAUCUUCCAGACAGGCCACGUCAUCGAAAUUGUGACAAAGCUAUUCCUCGUCAUCCAGAAUGCUGUCGGGAAACCCCCUGAGGUCAACAUCAGUACUGAGUUUGAAGCAAACUUUGGCCAGCAGACUGUAUUAUUCACCUUCAAGUGCCUGGGGAUGCCCGAGGUCCCCCCGGGACAGAUCAGAAUAGUGCGCAAAGCCAACAAGAUGGAGGUGCUGCUCUGAGCUGCAGUGUGAAGAAGCUGGACUGUGAUUGCUGCCUGGGCCUCUGAA